AUGGCCACGGUCAACAUGAUCCCACUCUUCGUCUGCAUGAUGAGGAACAACUACGUGGGAAAAGCCGUUGGAGUUCCCUUCAACACGUGGAACCUGUACCACCGUUGGGCCGGCAGGAUCGUCGCGUUGGAGUCCUUCGCUCACAUGGGAGCGUGGACUGUGAACCAGGUUGACCAUUCGAAUUGGGCCGGCGUCGGAGUGGCAAUCAAAGGAUCCCUUUUCUUCCAGAUGGGUCUCAUGGCCGAGAUCGCAUUGUUCUUUCUCAUCUUUCUUUCCCUUUCGCCGUUGAGGCAUGCCCAUUACCAGAUCUUUCUGGCUACGCAUCAACUCUGCAUCGCCUUCUUUUUGGUUGGAGCAUGGCUCCACUGCCACAUCGAUGAGCUCCCCCAUGAGAAGUUCGUGAACAUCGCUAUUGGUAUCUGGGCGUUCGAGCGUCUGCACCGAUUGGUCACAAUCUACCGCAAGAACGUGCGUCUCGGCAAGGGUUGGAGUCUCAACAGCGCAGAAGUCAAGGUGGCUCCGGCUGGCGAGGAUGCAGUCCGAGUAUCCAUCACGAUGAAGAAGGGCUGGGAGUUUAAGCCUGGACAGCACGCUUAUCUCUACGUCCCCCGUCUGUCCUGGACCCAGUCGCAUCCCUUUUCCAUUGCCUGGUCGACCACAACCCCUUCCCUUGCCGAGGUGCAGAUGCAGCCGCUGGAAGUUUCUUCCACGACUUCUCUCGCCCACCGUAAUCUCCUUACCUCGAAACCGAGGACAACCAUCCACUUUGUUAUCUCCCGGCGGCAUGGCUUCACCGGCCGCCUCUACCGAGAAGCUUACAAAGCUGCACACAGCACCGACCCCGAGAAGGUGGAUAUCGCGCCCAAGCGCUUCCUUGCAUUCGUCGAAGGCCCCUAUUGCAACGAGGCGCACUCAUUCGACUCAUUCUCAUCUCUGCUCUUUGUAGCCGGCGGAUCAGGCAUCACGCACCCGCUAGGCUACAUCCGCCACCUUCUAGUAGCCAGUUCGGAAGGGCUCGUGGCGGCGCGCCGGAUAAAGCUCGCGUGGGUGGUGCGCAACAGCCGGAACAUCUCGUGGGUCAGCGACUGGCUAGAGGAGCUGUGGCGGCUCGAUGCCAGGAGGGGCAUGCUCGAGGUCGAGAUCUACGUUACUAGACCCUGCUCCCAGUACGAUACCGACAUGAGCGGCGGCCCCCGCGUCAAGUGGUUCGCUGGAAGACCGCAGAUGGAGGUGAUUCUCGCCGGGAUGCUGGCGCCCACGAGAAUGCGCGGCGGAAGGGGCGCGCUAGCUGUUAAUGUCUGCGGACCAGGUAGUCUGGCCGAUAACGUCCGGGCGGCGGUGCGUGAGAGGGUGGACGAGGCUAGGAUUGAGUUUUCCGAGGAAUCGUUCACAUGGUCCUGA